AUAUUAUAUUUAUAAAAUAAAAAAUUAUAAUGGUUCGAAAAUGUGUUAUUUGUGGUUUAACCGAUUCUGCAAAAAAUAAUGUUUCGUUUCAUUCAUUUCCAACCAACGAAAUAUACAAAAAGAAAUGGCUAGAUAGGUGUAAUAUGACACAAGCGAAGAAGCAAGAUAAAAUUUGUUCACGUCAUUUUAAUGAUUCUUCUUUUACUACAUGGAUUGGUCGCAGAAGUUUAAAAAAAGAUGCAAUUCCAGAAUUAUUUCUGGGCAAAGAAAAUAAAUAUUUAAAAAGAAUACGAAAACAUUCCUUGUCCUCUUCUAGUGUUCAAUCUAAUUUAGUUUUUCCAUUAACUUCAUAUGUAGACAAUAUAAUAGAGGUUCAGGAUGAAGUUCAAGAUGAGAUUCGAGAACAAAUAAAAUCUGGAACGCAAAAUUUAUCAUCUACGACAACCUCAAUUACAACAGAUAUAUCAACCUGUAUCACACCUGUUUUAAAUGAAAGUACAAGUGAAAAUGAACAAGAUAAGAAUAUAGUAUUACCAUUAAAGUAAUAUUUUUUUAGUAAUAUUAUAUUUUAAAACUGUAAAAGUACUUGCAUUAUAAAAUGCUCUUUUAUUUUGUAGAAAGUCGAUUUCUGUAACUAACAAGAUUUCGUGUCCUGCAAGAUUAGGCGAUUGUACAGAGGAAUAUUUUUCUACUCCACGCCGUGCAAAAAAAUGUUUUGAUUUAGCAGUAAGAAAAUUAUUUGAACACAAAAAACGUUUGGAUGCUUCCCGAAAACAAAUUACAAGAUUAAAAUCAAAAAUAUUGUCAAUGGAAGCUUUAAUACAGAACUUACAAGAUAAACAAUUAAUAUCAGAAAAUGCAGCCCAGAUCUUAUUGGUACAUAUAUCACGUACAUUUAACCCUUUGCGGCACACAUUUUUCUAUUAAUCGGAUUUUUAUGAAAAUUGGUGUAGAAAGGUUUUUAGGGUCGCUGACUACGAAUCUGCCAUCAGAUUUCAACAAUUCUUUUUUAAAAUGACGGAUUCAAUAUGGCAAGUCAUGAUUUUGAGUAUUUUUUAUCGGUUUUUUAUGGAAAUUGAUAUACAGAAAUUUUUCAGAACACUGAUUACGAAUCUGCCAUCAGAUUUCAACAAUUCUUUUUUAAAAUGACGGAUUCAAUAUGGCAAGUCAUGAUUUUGAGUAUUUUUUAUCGGUUUUUUAUGGAAAUUGAUAUACAGAAAUUUUUCAGAACAUUGAUUACGAAUCUGCCAUUAGAUUUCAACGAUUAUUUUUCAAAAUGGCGAAUCCAAUAUGGCGAUUUACCAUUUUGAGUAUUUUUAUAGGUUUUUUAUGGAAAUUGAUAUAUUGAAUUUUUUAGGGUCGGAAUGUUGAAAAAUUUCGAACUUUUUUACUUUUUUUUUACAAGAACAGAUGUAUAGAACCAGCUUUUUUAGGUUGAUUAUGUGUAGAUCAUCAGAUUUUUGAAAUUUAAAUAUGGAAAAUUUCAAAUAAUGGGUGAUAUAAAAUGUUUUUUUAAGAUUUUAUAUUUUUUCAUUUUUUCAACAAUGGUACAUAGAACAUAAAAUUUUUUCAUAAAAGAAACCGCACUUAGUUUACUUCAGAGACACGAACGUGGACGUGGCGGUCAUUGUC